AUGCCUACUACUCCUGCUACAACUAGUACCGGCGCAACAGCACAGCCACCCGUAACCGCUACCAUCAGCCUCAAACUCCCACCAUACUGGCCAUCUGACCCAACAAUAUGGUUCACCCAAGUGGAGGCACAAUUCACCACUCGAGGCAUAACCUCCGAACACACCAGAUAUGCUUAUGUGGUGGCGUCCCUGCAGCCAACUAUAGCGCAGGAGGUGAGGGAUAUUUUAAUAACUCCACCCUCAGAGGCUCCAUACACAACGCUGAAAAAGGAGCUUAUCAAGCGCACAUCUAUAUCUGAACAAAAACGCUUGCAUCAACUCUUGACAACAGAGGAGUUGGGGGAUCGAAAGCCCUCCCAACUGCUCCGCAGGAUGCAACAGCUGUUGGGGGAGCGAACAUUGGAGCCAUCAAUAAUGAAACAACUUUUUCUCCAGCGGCUUCCAACCAAUGCUCGGCUAAUUCUUGCUUCCACCUCAGAAGAGGUCGACAUCGACCAAUUGGCAAAGUUAGCAGAUAAAAUCAUGGAAGUCUCCCCUACCCAGGCACCCGUCUCUGCACACAUCACUACCAUUGAAUCUCCGCCACCAACCGAAAUUCAACAACUGCGGGCCGAAGUAGCGAAUUUGGCAUCAAUGAUAUCCACCCUCACCAGCUGUCCACGUGAACGCAGUCGCAGCCGCAGUCAACCGCGUCGCCAACGCACUGAUGACCGUAGAUCAGCAGCCACGGCCACGCACGACGCAGAGUGUUGGUACCACCAGAAAUUUGGAGCUAUGGCCCACAAAUGUACGCAGCCAUGUUCUUAUAAAGGCCGAUCACCAGGAAAACGACCAAGCCGGCAAGUAGGGGCGACAUGCUUUGUCGGCCGUUCCCCAUCUCACCGCCUAUUUUAUGUCACAGAUCGAGUAACGAAGCAACAAUUCCUGGUGGACACAGGAGCAGAGGUGAGUGUCAUCCCUCCUUCAUCUCACGACCGCGCCCACCGCUGUCAUGGACAUGACCUUCAAGCAGCUAACGCAACGCUAGUUGAUGCUACGACCAGCUUAAGCAUCGAUGGAAAAGCAUCAACAUCGCCAUCACUCAGCCCCAUCUUCAAACCGCCCACCCCAUCUCGAUUCGCGGACAUUUUGAAGGAUUUCCCCAGCAUAACGCGUCUCACCUAUAGUGACACUCCAAUCAAACACAACGUUGAGCACCAUAUCAUCACGACUGGCCCCCCUACAGCCGCACGCCCACGCCGUCUUGCACCUGACCGUUUGAAAGUCGCCAAAGACGAGUUCCAACACAUGAUGGACUUAGGUAUCGUACGCCCUUCGGCCAGUAACUGGUCCUCACCUCUUCAUAUGGUCCCCAAAAAGCAACCUGGGGAUUGGCGUCCAUGCGGUGACUAUCGGGCUCUCAACAAAUCCACAGUGCCCGAUCGUUAUCCAGUGCCACAUAUCCAAGACUUUACAUCAUCACUACAUGGCACUGUGAUAUUUUCCAAGAUCGACCUCAUCCGCGCAUACCAUCAGAUUCCCAUGGCACCAGACGAUAUUGCUAAAACCGCUAUCACGACUCCGUUUGGGCUCUUCGAAUUUACCCGUAUGCCAUUUGGUUUGCGCAACGCCGCCCAAACGUUCCAACGCUUCAUUGAUGAAGUAACAAGGGGUUUGGACUUUUGUUAUGCCUACAUCGAUGACCUCUUAGUUGCCAGUACUGAUGCCGAUCAACAUGAAACGCAUCUUCGCCUUCUGUUUGACCGCCUCCAACAAUACGGCGUGAUCAUCAACCCCGCGAAAUGUCUGUUUGGCACAGAGUCACUGGAAUUCCUUGGACAUCACGUUGACCGUCACGGAGUGCAACCACUUGCUGGAAAGGUCAGUGCUAUCCGUGAUUUUCCCCAACCAACAACUCUCACCAAACUCAGGGAAUUUCUCGGUCUCGUCAACUUCUACCGCCGUUUCAUUCCCCAGUGUUCCCAGGUCCUCCAACCACUCACCGAUCUACUUUCUAAUGCCGGAAAGAAGUCGGCACCACUCCCUUGGAAUGACUCUGCCACCGCUUCAUUUCACGCUAUCAAAGUUGCCCUCGCUAACGCCACUCUCCUUGCACAUCCAAAGCCAGACGCGCCUCUGUGCGUCAUGACGGACGCUUCGGAUGUCGCAUCAUCACUACGGGCACAACCAGACGCAAGCCUAUGGACAGAGACUUUGCCGCUGAAUCUCUUGGGAAUCCGAACUGCGGUCAAGUCCGAUUUCGGUCACUGUGUUGCCGAACGCGUCUAUGGCACCACACUUCGCCUGCCUGGCGAGUUCUUUGACAACACCGCUGAUGCCACUGCCUUAGAGCCUACGGACUAUGUUCAUCGCUUGAAACGCGCCAUGCAGGAUCUUCAGCCACCAACAACCCGCGCACAGCAGCGUCCCACAGUGCAUGUUCCCGAGGAACUUCAGACAUGCACUCAUGUUUUCGUUCGUCGUGACGCAGUGCGCAAACCUCUACAACCGCCUUACGACGGACCUUUCAAAGUACUCAGUCGUUCAGCUAAACAUUUCGUCAUUGAACUGAACAAUCGUCAGGACACAGUUAGCAUAGAUCGCCUUAAAUCUGCCCAUUUGGAUAUAGGUCAUGCUACGAAUUCCGCUCUUCCCAAACCCAACCACUCUAUCCCAAUAGUUCAAACCAAUCCUGUAAAUACCGAGCAGAAUAUCACAACCUCAGACAUUCCACCUCCUCGUACAACCCGCUCAGGCCGCACAGUUCAUUGGCCCAAACGCUAUGUCACAUUCGUUCGUUCUUAA